AUAGAAACACAUUUGAAGUUUUAGUAGAUGAAAAGGCCCCAUUGUAAACGUGAGCCGCUUCUCAGCCCCACCCUCCAUUCUCAGCAGAGAUUAGCGUCUGUAAUGCUACACCUUUAAUAACUGAUCUUUUGGGGGUUUGCACAGUUUUACUCCUCUCGGCACUGACUCAGCUCUGUGGAGACAGAUCUCAGAUGACAGGAGCCGUGAAAAGACACAUUUUGACUCUGGCACCAGACACCAACCCUCUGAGGGCCCCUGUAGUGUUUUAUGAUGGAUGUUCUAAAUCUGAUUGUAUAUCAGAUAUAUAAAUCGAUAAAUUGUUGUUGAGCUGUGCUUUACAAAUAAACGUGCCUGUAUUUAAUCUAUACCAAAAACCUUUGUAUAACCUGCAUCUCUAUCAUUUUGAUUAAUCGAUUAAAAAAUGUUGAGACCUGUUUUUAAAAUCCAACAAUCCAGGGCCAGUGUGACAUCAGUGUGGACCAAUCAGAGGAGGGCAGGGGGCGGGUCUUAGCCUCCGUCCCUCGCAGCAGUGACGUGUGACCCUCAGGUGCAUCUGCUGUAAGCCCCGCCCUCCUCCGUGUGUACCUGGCGGAUCGCAGGAACAAAGCAGGAACUCGACAUGUCUGCGGGAACGGGUCCACGGGUCUGAACGGACCCACGGGAGUGACGCUCCUUCUCCCUGGACCCGGUCACAAUGGACGAGGUGUUCCUGAGGUCGGCUCCCCACGGCCCGGGCCGCUCCGGGCUGGACGACACCAGCCUGGCUCUGCCGGCCGGGCCCGCAGCCUCCUCCUCGGCCAGGACCCAGUCCGCCGAGCGGAGCCUGCGCGUCCAGCAGCAGGUUCAGCUCACCCUGGCGAGGAGGGCGAGGAGGAGCCAGAGCAACGGUGGUUUCCACUUACAGAGAAACGCAGCACAGAGCUUUGAUGCUGCAGAUGGACUUUUACCAAACAUGAAGAUGAAUGGAUUGACCUCCACUAGCUGCUCUCUCUAUAGCAACCACGUGCGGAGACCAACCAGGAGGGUGGAGGUGUCUCCGCCGCAGACCCCACGAUUACCUCGCGCCCCCUUCAGCUACAGCACCCUGCGAUUUGGCACGUACACGUUCCCAGGACCCAGUCAGGCAGAGAGGACGGGCACGCUGCACGACCGCUCGUACGGGAACAACUCAUUUUGGCACUACGCCUUCUCAGAGGCGCCUCGUGGAACGCGGCCGCACGCGUCCACAACUGCAAGCAGAAGCUUCCGCCAGGGUUUACAGAGGCAGACGUCAGGGCCACAGCCCGUGUUUGCAAACGCAGCGUUUCAGCAGAGUGGUGGAUACGGCUCUCGCUGGAGUCAAAACCGAACUGAGAAACACAACGUGCAGGAGAGAGGUGGUGAUGAGGGGCUGUCGUGGUUGGCUCAGGUUGGGAGGAACGCUCAGAGCCUCCGCAGGCUCAACUCGUACCCGCCCUCGGCCACCACCGUGGAGGUGGACAUGGGCAGGAAGGUGGAAGUAGACGUCCCCGUUCAGCAGAUACAGACGCAGAAUGUCAUGACACUGAAGUCAGAGAACAAGCCUCCGGAGAUGACGUUGGAUAAGGCCGUGGGCCUGUUGACGCAGGAUGACGAGGAAACGCUGAUCUACGCAGCCAGCCACAUUCAGAAUCAAUGUUUCAAGAGCGCAAAUGCCAAGAAGAUGGUGUACUAUCUCCGUGGAAUCGGAAAGCUGCUGCAGCUCCUCCACAGCGACAGUGAGGAAGUGCAGUGCGUCGCUGCCGGCUCGCUGCGCAACGUCGUGUACCAGAGCAGCGAGAACAAGAUGGAGGUGAAGGAGAGCGACGGCAUAGCCACCAUAUUGGGCGCGCUGAAGAGCAGCCGUGACAUUGAGACCAGACGACAACUCGCAGGUCUCUUGUGGAACCUCUCCUCUCAUGACCUGCUGAAGGAGCGUCUCUCCAAAGAGGCCUUAUCUGUCCUCACUCACUCCGUCCUCGUGCCCAGCUCGGGCAUCUCCGAGGGCGAGAACCCAAAAGACGAGCUCCUCGCCGACUCUGAGGUUUUCCACUUUGCCACAGGCUGCCUGCGGAAUCUGAGCUCUGCGGGUCCAGACGGCAGGAAGGCGAUGAGGCACUGCGAGAAUCUUAUCGACUCUCUGGUCUACUACAUCCGGGGAACCAUCGCCGACUACAAGACGGAUGACAAGUCCACAGAGAACUGCGUCUGCAUCCUGCACAACCUUUCUUACCAGAUGGAGGCAGAGCUUCCUAAAGAUUUCCCCCAGGACCUCAGAGGGUCUCGACGAAACCUGGCUCCCGAGCCAAAUAGCGUCAGCUGCUUCCCUCAACGCAGCGCCAAGAUCACAGAGCGUCUUGAGCGACAGUGCCCCCUGCUGGAGGAGAAGGCCAACCCACGUGGCAUGGAGUGGCUGUGGAGCGCCAUCACUGUCCGCAUGUACUUGUCGCUGAUCGCCCGCAGCAUCCGCCCCGCCACCCAGGAGGCUGCUGUCGGAGCACUGCAGAACAUCACUGCUGGAACUGGAGCGGUGUCUGAAGCCAUCGCUUUCACUGUUGUCCAGCGGGAGAACGGUCUUCAUCACGUCAAGAACAUGCUGCAGGAGAAAGAGAGCGAUGUGAAGAGGACGACCGUGUCCCUGAUAAAGAACCUCUCUCACCACCAUGAACUGCAUCCUGACAUUGUGAAGCAGGUGUUGCCAGAGGUGGUGGCGAUGCUGCCCAACGACGACACGGGCACCGACCUGCCCACUGACGUGACGGCGUCUCUGUGUCACAUCCUGAUCAACCUGUGUCAGAGCAACCUGCAGCAUGUCAGAGCCAUCGUCAGCCAGGGGGCGCUCCCCAAGAUCAUCAACAUCAGCAGCAAGGACAGCGGCUAUGGCCCAACCAGAGCGGGUCAGGCUGCGUGUGCCCUGCUGCACACCUUGUGGAAAUACACUGAUCUCCACGGAGCCUACAAGAAGUGCGGCUACAGGAAAACUGAUUUCAUCAAUCAGAGAACGACAAAGGCUGUGAACUCUGGACGGAACUGAACCCAAGAUGCUCAUGCACAGUACAUCAUACUCCAAGCUGCACUUGUUCACAGUAUCAGCGCUUGUAGUCACAAGUAACUCGUUGCACUGUUUCCCUUCAUUUGUGUCACAGUUUAGUAGAAGAUGCUUUUCUCAACGCUGCGGACGAAACAUCGUAAAACUACGUCUGUAUUUCCCGUUAAUGUCUCAUGAAAUGGGUCAAAACCUUUCUUUGCGUGUUUGAAUGUAGAGUGUAGAUGUUAGUGUUUAUGUAGCGAAAGAACAAACAUGGUUUUUAGAAUGUUUGUAAAUGUGGAAAUAAGGAAAAGAGUCAUUUUAAACACAAGAACAUUUUUAAACACUUUUAAAUCAUGUUUUAGUUUAUUAUCCAUCAUUUAAAGCAUCAGAUAUUUGCAGCCGCUGUCUUUGUGCCUCAUGUUCAGACAAACUGACGGAUCAAUGAAGAAACAUUCCCAGAAAAUGUAACAUCUCCCCAGCUAUAAUAACAACUAUGAAUUAAUAUUCCUUUAUGUUUUACUAGUUUAUUUAAUAGUGGCAGCUUGUUGGUCAGUUUAUGGUUUUGCUGUGUUUUUUUUUUUUGCACUUCAGGUUAUUAUAUAAAAGAACCACAAUGAAAAACAAACCAAAUGUUUAAACCAAAAACAAGGAUGAAGAUCAACCUGUAUAUAUGUCAUGUCUAUAAAUGUAUUUUAAGACUUCCUACUUCAAAACAAGAUGCUCUCCUGCUUUCUGCCUUAUUGAGUGUCCCUCAAAUGAAUAAACGGGUUUAAAUAAA